CAGAACGUCCUGAUACCAUGUUGGGAGUUGUAUGUGGGGCUCUCCAUGUGGCAGAUGUGAGCCUGAGGAAUAGUGUCUCUAACUUCCUUCAUUCCUUAGAAAGGGGUCAAGUCCUUCCUGCUCACACACUUCUGAACACAGUAGAUGUUGAACUUAUCUAUGAAGGAAUCAAAUAUGUACUUAAGGUGACUCGACAGUCUCCCAACUCUUAUGUGGUGAUCAUGAACGGCUCAUGUGUAGAAGUUGAUGUGCAUCGGCUGAGUGAUGGUGGACUGCUCUUAUCUUAUGAUGGCAGCAGUUAUACCACUUACAUGAAGGAAGAAGUGGAUAGAUACCGAAUCACAAUUGGCAAUAAAACUUGUGUGUUUGAGAAAGAAAAUGACCCAUCUGUAAUGCGCUCACCUUCUGCUGGGAAGUUAAUCCAGUAUAUCGUGGAAGAUGGAGGCCAUGUGUUUGCUGGCCAGUGCUAUGCUGAGAUUGAGGUAAUGAAGAUGGUGAUGACUUUAACAGCCGUAGAAUCUGGGUGCAUCCAUUAUGUCAAGCGAUCUGGAGCAGCUCUUGACCCUGGCUGUGUGAUAGCCAAAAUGCAGCUGGACAACCCCAGUAAAGUCCAACAGGCUGAACUUCACACAGGUAGCCUGCCACAGAUUCAGAGCACAGCUCUCAGAGGCGAGAAGCUCCAUCGAGUGUUCCACUACGUCCUGGAUAACCUAGUUAAUGUGAUGAGUGGAUACUGCCUUCCAGAUCCUUUCUUCAGCAGCAGGGUAAAAGACUGGGUAGAACGAUUGAUGAAGACUCUCAGAGAUCCCUCCCUGCCUCUUCUAGAGUUGCAGGAUAUCAUGACCAGUGUUUCUGGCCGUAUUCCCCUCAGUGUGGAGAAGUCUAUUAAGAAGGAAAUGGCUCAGUAUGCUAGCAACAUCACAUCAGUUCUCUGUCAGUUUCCCAGCCAGCAGAUUGCCAACAUCUUAGAUAGUCAUGCAGCUACACUGAACCGGAAAUCUGAGCGGGAAGUCUUCUUCAUGAACACCCAGAGCAUUGUCCAGCUGGUGCAGAGGUACCGAAGUGGCAUCCGUGGCCACAUGAAGGCUGUGGUGAUGGAUCUGCUCCGACAGUACCUGCGUGUGGAGACACAGUUUCAGAAUGGCCACUACGACAAAUGUGUGUUUGCCCUUCGAGAAGAGAACAAAAGUGACAUGAACACUGUACUGAAUUACAUCUUCUCCCACGCUCAGGUCACCAAAAAGAAUCUUCUGGUCACAAUGCUUAUUGAUCAGUUGUGUGGACGGGACCCUACACUUACAGAUGAGCUGCUAAAUAUCCUCACAGACCUAACUCAACUCAGCAAGACCACCAAUGCUAAAGUGGCGCUGCGGGCUCGUCAGGUUCUUAUUGCUUCCCAUUUGCCAUCAUAUGAGCUCCGCCAUAACCAAGUAGAGUCUAUCUUCUUAUCAGCCAUUGACAUGUAUGGACACCAGUUUUGCAUUGAGAAUCUGCAGAAACUCAUUCUUUCGGAAACAUCUAUUUUCGAUGUCCUACCAAACUUUUUUUACCACAGCAACCAGGUGGUGAGGAUGGCAGCUCUGGAGGUAUAUGUUCGAAGGGCUUAUAUUGCCUACGAACUUAACAGCGUACAACACCGCCAGCUUAAGGACAACACCUGCGUGGUGGAAUUUCAGUUCAUGCUGCCCACAUCUCAUCCAAACAGAGGGAACAUCCCCACGCUAAACAGAAUGUCCUUUGCCUCCAACCUCAACCACUAUGGCAUGACUCAUGUAGCUAGUGUCAGCGAUGUUCUGCUGGACAACUCAUUCACUCCACCUUGUCAGCGAAUGGGCGGAAUGGUCUCUUUCCGGACCUUUGAGGAUUUUGUCAGGAUCUUUGAUGAAAUAAUGGGCUGCUUCUGUGACUCCCCACCCCAAAGUCCCACGUUCCCAGAGUCUGGUCAUACAUCGCUCUAUGAUGAGGAGAAGGUCCCCAGGGAUGAACCAAUACACAUUCUGAAUGUGGCUAUCAAGACUGAUGGUGAUAUUGAAGAUGACAAGCUUGCAGCUAUGUUCAGAGAGUUCACCCAGCAAAAUAAAGCUACUCUGGUUGAGCAUGGGAUCCGACGACUUACGUUCCUGGUUGCACAAAAGGAUUUCAGAAAACAAGUCAACUAUGAGGUGGAUCAGAGAUUUCAUAGAGAAUUUCCCAAAUUUUUCACAUUCCGAGCAAGGGAUAAGUUUGAGGAGGACCGCAUUUAUCGUCAUCUUGAACCUGCUCUGGCUUUCCAAUUGGAGCUGAACCGGAUGAGAAAUUUUGACCUCACUGCCAUUCCAUGUGCUAAUCACAAGAUGCACUUGUAUCUUGGGGCAGCUAAGGUGGAAGUGGGCACAGAAGUAACUGACUACAGGUUCUUUGUCCGUGCAAUCAUCAGGCAUUCUGAUCUGGUCACAAAGGAAGCUUCUUUUGAGUAUCUACAAAAUGAAGGGGAGCGGCUGCUCCUGGAAGCCAUGGAUGAAUUGGAAGUUGCUUUUAAUAAUACAAAUGUCCGCACUGACUGUAACCACAUCUUCCUCAACUUUGUGCCCACAGUCAUCAUGGACCCAUCCAAGAUUGAAGAAUCUGUGCGGAGCAUGGUAAUGCGCUAUGGAAGUCGGCUGUGGAAAUUGCGCGUCCUCCAGGCAGAACUGAAAAUCAACAUUCGCCUGACAACAACUGGAAAAGCAAUUCCCAUCCGCCUCUUCCUGACAAAUGAGUCUGGCUAUUACUUGGACAUCAGCCUGUAUAAGGAAGUGACUGACUCCAGGACAGCACAGAUCAUGUUUCAGGCAUAUGGAGACAAGCAGGGACCACUGCACGGAAUGUUAAUCAAUACUCCAUAUGUGACCAAAGACCUUCUUCAGUCAAAGAGAUUUCAGGCGCAGUCCUUAGGAACAACGUAUAUAUAUGAUAUCCCAGAAAUGUUUCGACAGUCGCUCAUCAAACUCUGGGAGUCUAUGUCCACUCAAGCAUUCCUUCCCUCACCCCCUCUACCUUCUGACAUGCUGACAUACACUGAGCUGGUGUUGGAUGAUCAAGGCCAGUUGGUCCAUAUGAACAGGCUUCCAGGAGGAAAUGAGAUUGGCAUGGUAGCUUGGAAAAUGAGCCUUAAAAGCCCUGAAUAUCCAGAUGGCCGGGAUAUCAUCGUCAUUGGCAAUGACAUUACAUAUCGGAUUGGGUCCUUUGGGCCUCAAGAGGAUUUGCUGUUUCUCAGAGCUUCUGAACUUGCCAGGGCAGAAGGUAUCCCACGCAUCUAUGUGGCAGCUAACAGUGGAGCUAGAAUUGGACUGGCAGAAGAAAUCCGUCAUAUGUUCCAUGUGGCCUGGGUAGAUCCAGAGGAUCCCUACAAGGGUUACAAGUAUUUAUAUCUGACACCCCAGGACUAUAAAAGAGUCAGUGCCCUGAAUUCUGUCCACUGUGAACAUGUAGAGGAUGAAGGUGAAUCCAGGUAUAAGAUAACUGAUAUUAUUGGGAAAGAAGAAGGACUUGGAGCAGAGAACCUUCGGGGUUCUGGAAUGAUUGCUGGAGAAUCCUCAUUGGCUUAUGAUGAGAUCAUCACCAUCAGCCUGGUUACAUGCCGGGCCAUUGGUAUCGGGGCUUACCUUGUCCGACUGGGACAAAGAACAAUCCAGGUUGAGAAUUCUCACUUAAUUCUGACAGGAGCUGGUGCCCUCAACAAAGUCCUUGGUCGGGAAGUGUAUACCUCCAACAAUCAGCUUGGAGGCAUCCAGAUCAUGCACAACAAUGGGGUCACCCACUCUACUGUUUGUGAUGACUUUGAGGGGGUUUUCACAGUCUUACAAUGGCUGUCAUACAUGCCCAAGAGCGUGCAUAGUUCAGUUCCUCUCCUGAAUUCCAAGGAUCCUAUAGAUAGAAUCAUCGAGUUCAUUCCCACAAAGGCCCCAUAUGAUCCUCGGUGGAUGCUGGCAGGCCGUCCUCACCCAACCCAGAAAGGCCAAUGGUUGAGUGGAUUUUUUGACUAUGGAUCUUUCUCAGAGAUUAUGCAACCUUGGGCACAGACUGUGGUGGUUGGUAGAGCCAGGUUAGGGGGAAUACCUGUGGGAGUAGUUGCGGUGGAAACCCGAACCGUGGAACUCAGUAUUCCAGCUGAUCCUGCAAACCUGGAUUCUGAAGCCAAGAUAAUCCAGCAGGCUGGCCAGGUUUGGUUCCCAGACUCUGCAUUUAAGACCUAUCAGGCUAUCAAGGACUUCAACCGUGAAGGGCUACCUCUAAUGGUCUUUGCCAACUGGAGAGGCUUCUCUGGUGGGAUGAAAGAUAUGUAUGACCAAGUGCUCAAGUUUGGCGCUUACAUUGUGGAUGGUUUGCGAGAAUGUUCCCAGCCUGUUAUGGUUUACAUUCCUCCCCAAGCUGAGCUGCGGGGUGGUUCUUGGGUUGUGAUUGACCCUACCAUCAACCCUCGGCACAUGGAGAUGUAUGCUGACCGAGAAAGCAGGGGAUCUGUUCUGGAACCAGAAGGGACAGUAGAAAUCAAAUUCCGCAAAAAGGAUUUGGUGAAAACCAUGCGUCGGGUAGAUCCAGUCUACAUCCACUUGGCUGAGCGAUUGGGCACCCCAGAGCUAAGCCCCACUGAGCGGAAGGAACUGGAGAACAAGUUGAAGGAACGGGAGGAGUUCCUAAUUCCCAUUUACCAUCAGGUAGCUGUGCAGUUUGCUGACUUGCACGACACACCAGGCCGGAUGCAGGAGAAGGGUGUUAUUAAUGAUAUCUUAGAUUGGAAAACAUCCCGUACCUUCUUCUACUGGCGGCUGAGGCGUCUCCUGCUAGAGGACUUGGUCAAGAAGAAAAUCCACAAUGCCAACCCUGAAUUGACUGACGGCCAGAUCCAGGCCAUGUUGAGACGCUGGUUUGUAGAAGUGGAAGGCACAGUAAAGGCUUACGUUUGGGACAAUAAUAAGGACCUGGUGGAGUGGCUGGAGAAGCAACUGACAGAGGAAGAUGGUGUCCGCUCAGUGAUAGAGGAGAACAUCAAAUACAUCAGCAGGGACUACGUCCUCAAGCAGAUCCGCAGCUUGGUACAGGCCAAUCCAGAAGUUGCCAUGGAUUCCAUCGUCCAUAUGACCCAGCACAUCUCACCCACUCAGCGAGCAGAAGUUGUAAGGAUCCUCUCCACCAUGGAUUCCCCUUCCACGUAGGAGAUGCUUCUCACCCAUUCCUGCCCUGUCUCUGGAGAAGAGAGCUAGGGCUGCCUCUUACAUCUGAAACCACUGUAAUGAGAAGGCACCGGACGCCCAGUACUUGAGUCAGAGUGGCAUUUGCUUCCCCUUGAAUGUGUCAGGUUCUGCAUGACAUCCUGGGCUGUAGGAUCACACAGCCCAGUCACACAUACCCAGUUCAGUAUUUGUUAGCCCAGCUCUGCUGACAGUCCUCUUUCCAUGCACAGGACUAGAAGGCAAUGAAGGGUACACGCCUGUACCAUGAGGUCUUACUAGACUAAAAGCAGGACCGCCUCCUGUCCUGCCCACCCCAGCACAGGGCUGUGGGGACAGUGUCCAAGCUUCUGCAGCCCCUGCCCAAUGAGCCACAGCUGCAGCCACAGGCAGCAGGGGAGGGCUGGGGCUGAGGAUGGAGGAGACUCAAGUCCAUCCAUCACUGCCCCAUGUGCAGCCUGGCACACACCAGGCACUGGAGAGGAACAGUCCCCAUUUAACUAUACCAAGAUACCUAUUUAUGAGAGACGAGGGCAAAACCAUGAUUUAAGAGGCAGGCUGAAAAGCAGAUCAAGUCAUUUUUGCAAUUAAAACACUCUCAACCUUGAGUGGCUUCUCAGUACACCUGGGGAGAUGGCCAACGUGCCACCACCUUGCUUAUAUACCCAGGAGCUAAAGGCCAAUGCCAUAGCCUCUGUGUGGGUGUUUGGAGGCAGGCAAUGCAGAGCCUGAGGUGGUGAGCUAAAAGGAGACUAUCUUUCCUAUCAGAGAGUAGUCCGAGACAGAAGUCUCUUCUGAGGACUGGAAAGGUUGUCACUGUGGGGCCAUGCCUACAAAGUUACUCAUCCCUAUUCCUGGCAUAAAGUAUGGCAGGUCCACCUUGAUGACAGCUGGGCUUUCAGCACCGGACACUGGCCUUCCUGGUGUGAGAAAGCAUCCAGGGAACAAGAAUUCACCUACCCUUAAGAUUCCUUACAGUUCAGUCACGGUGCUGGUAUUUCCAGACUUUCUGGGUUCUCCAUGGCCGGCAACAGGGCCUCCUCAGAGGUGAGCUGCAGAGCUUAACAACCCAUUUAUCCAAGAAAGGAGCCUCGGUGUUCCCACUACAAGAGUGGAGAUGAUCAGCGCUGUUGCCUGCAGUAUGACUAAUGUUUCUCACUGGAGACCCAGGAGGAAAUCACUAAGAUGCCCCAGAAACCAUUGGCAUGAAUACUUCAGUCUGAGCCUUAACCCUGGAUUCUACAGAAAGAGCUGGCCUCCUCUUCAGGAACAUCUCGUUCUGAUAUUCCAGAGAACUUCUCAUCAGCUCCACAUCACAAGUAUUGCAAGUGGACAUCUGGGGGACUGGAUGCAAACUGUUCUGCCCCCACGAGCCCUGGUGGAAGGAACAGGCAGGCAGGAGCAGGUGGAGAGCAUCCUUAGUCCAGAAGGAAGCUUACCUGCUGGGUAAGGAUAGGAUUUGUCUCCAGCCUCCGCGUCACUGCAGCACAUGCAGUCCCACACAUCGCUGGUGGUAUGAAAGUUUUACCCUCCUGGAGGCCUGUCCCGGCAUUUCUUCAGAGGUGAGAUGGGCUGUGUUUCUAAUUCCCCUAUCCCUGCUGCCCCAUCCCCAGGACAGGGGCUUUUCAUAUGGAGAAGUCAGAACCACAACACAUGAGCAAUCUGAUGGUCCCACAGCCCAUUACACAUGCAAGGUUACUGAGGGAGGAGGAUGAAUGAUAUAUUGACCCAGACUUGCUUGAACUGAGAUUGCCAUAUUAUCUGUUCACAAAGCAGCCUUCACUCGUGUCAGUGAGAAUUGGAUGGACACACACGCCAACGAGCAAGGGGCUUCAGUCCAAUGCACUCUUUUCACAUUUUGUUGAAAUAAACCUCCACAUUUGUAGAAGA